AUGUCUGGCAGAGGGAAAGGAGGCAAAGGACUGGGCAAAGGCGGAGCCAAGCGGCACCGUAAAGUGCUCCGAGAUAACAUCCAGGGCAUCACCAAACCGGCCAUCCGGCGUCUGGCUCGCCGUGGCGGCGUCAAGCGGAUCUCGGGUCUGAUCUACGAGGAGACCCGCGGGGUGCUGAAGGUUUUCCUGGAGAAUGUGAUCCGGGAUGCGGUCACCUACACUGAACACGCCAAGCGCAAGACGGUCACUGCCAUGGAUGUGGUGUACGCUCUGAAACGCCAGGGCCGCACUCUCUAUGGCUUCGGCGGCUGGGUGCGGCUGGAGGAGCAGUUUCGGCGGGUGCUGUCUCAGUCAUGUCGGCGACUCUGGUAA